AUGUCGUUAGAGACGAAAGAGUCCUCGAUCGAGGAGAUAGACAAUGGUAAAGGAUAUGCGGAAAACAUUGAGCAGGGACAAAUCACAACAACCAAUGUCGAGUCUUCACUGUCUGAGUCUCAUCGCGAGUAUCUCCUUAAGCGCCAUGGCACUCUUGAUCUCGAUCCGAUUCCUAGUCCAUCUGGUGCGGAUCCGUAUAACUGGCCGGCUCGGAAGAAAAUAGUCAACCUCAUCCUCGUCGCAUUUCACGCCAGCAUCUCCACAAUCACAGCAUCCAGCAUUACACCCGCCUACAAAGACAUCGCCGUUGACCUCGGUGUAUCCCUCCAACGGGCGAGCUACCUAACAUCCCUCCAGAUCGCCAUUCUAGGCGGAGGACCGUUUAUCUGGAAGCCUCUAUCCCAUCGCUUUGGUCGUCGCCCUAUCUUCCUAUUGUCCCUUAUACUGAGCGCAGUGUGCAAUAUUGGUUGUGCAAAGAGUCCAACAUAUGCGUCCAUGGCUGCAUGCAGGGCUCUCACGGCGCUGUUUAUCUCGCCUGCUGCGGCAAUUGGGAGUGCCGUUGUGGCGGAGACGUUUUUCAAAAGGGAGAGAGCAAAGUAUAUGGGUGUUUGGACGUUGAUGAUUACCGUGGGGGUUCCAAUUGGACCACUCGUCUUCGGCUUUGUUGCAUAUCGCGUCGGCUAUCGCUGGAUAUACUGGGUCCUGGUCAUCACGAAUGGCGUACAAUUCAUCCUAUACCUCUUGCUUGGUCCGGAGACGAGGUAUCUCGGCGGCAAUGUCGAAAACCAACAUUCAACCCUGAAAUCGCAAUAUCUUUCCCUCGGACGAAUUGACCCAAGUCCCCUAACAUGGACGGAGUUCAUCCGUCCUCUGUCCAUGGCCAAGCAUCUGAACGUCCUCUUCCCCUCAAUCAUUUACGCCAUGGUCUUUCUCUUCGGCAGUGUCCUCAUCACAGUCGAAGUCCCGCAACUCCUACAAGAAAAGUUCGAACUAAACACAGAACAACUAGGCCUCCAAUUCCUCGGUGUGAUCAUUGGCUCUGUCCUAGGCGAGCAGGUCGGAGGCUCCCUCUCGGACUUCUGGAUGAAUUCCCGCGCACGCCGGAUACAGCGCAAGCCUGAGCCUGAGUUUCGUCUCUGGCUGAGCUACCCUGGUAUCCUCUUGGCCAUCGCGGGUAUUAUCGUGUUCCUGGUGUGUAUGGAACAAGCACCUGAGGGUCACUGGGUGGUCAAUCCUAUUGUCGGGACAGCUGUGGCGGCGUUUGGAAACCAAAUUGUCACGACGGUCAUGAUCACUUACGCGGUGGAUUGCUGUCCGGAGGAUCCGGGGAAUGUGGGUGUGUUUAUCACGUUCGUGAGGCAGACGUGGGCGUUUAUUGGGCCGUUUUGGCUCCCUGAUAUGUUUGAGAAUGUAGGAGUUGCGGCUAGUUCGGGUAUUACGACUGCUCUUAUGGUUGUUUUUAGUUUGAUAUUUGCCGUGCUUUUGCAUGUGGUUGGGAGGAAAUGGCGACCUGGUGUUGAAUAA